UUACUUUUCCUUAACACAAAUAUGUCGCUCUCCCCUGUAGCCAUCAAAGAAGCAAAUCAUCACAUUCAAGGUUUGGUGAGUCGUGUUCACGAGCUGGAAGAACAAGUUAAAGAACUCUCUGCAGCUCUGAAGAAACAAAAUGAAGUACAUGCCGAGAACUUGAGGGUUCUUCCGCUGCGAAUGAAUCAAACAUUGAGACAAAAAGAUGAAGAAAUACAAGAGCUAAAACAGAAACUUAAAUCUUCGGAGGCUGUCAGAGAAAGGCUCGUUCGAGAGACUAAUUCCCGCGAAGCUUCGCUAGAGCACCUGAAGAAUCGUUCCCGAGUUUUGGACGAGAUCUGCAAGCAUCGUGAAGCAUUUGAGAGUAUUGUGAGUUGUUUGAGUAUAAUAGAGGAUCCUGAUAAUAGCUCGGGUAAAAUAUCAGAAAAUAGCAUCCCCAGAGAAACAGAUUUACUGGACAGUUACGAAGAAGACGAAGAUAUUAAUGGAAAUGAUCGGAACGGGAAAAUUUUUGACAGCGGAAUUGGAUCACGAAAUUCCUCGUUUUAUUAUGAAAAUGAUGCACACGAGAAAGGGAUGCUGCGGGAAGAAAAUUCCUCAGGAGGUUCUUUUCAACAAGAUGAAGAAAAUCCACCUCCUUGUUUUGUAUGAUGGCCAAACGAUAUGACUAAUUUGAGGUUUUACUAAUCAGAUUUAUUCUUACGACGAUUUAAUAUCGUCUGGUACACUAAAUUAACUCGACUCUAGGCAUAGUAAUUUAAUAAUUAGUUUAAGAAAAUUCGACCAAAGAAUGUUAUAUGUGGUGUGGACCAAAAGUACGUGUCUUUUAGGGAAUUUCUUUGUUAUUUUUGGUAUUUUAUUCGAUUCACUAAGUCUUGAAAAUGCACAAAUGGUCAAUUUCUCAUAAUUAACAAUGUUAUUCACUGGUAGUUUAUCAAUUUCCAGUGGACAAUCCUUUAGGUCUUUCUCACCUUUGUUUUAUAUAAUAAGCUCAGUUAUGCACGCGUUUUGAUUGGUUCUCACUUAUGAUCUAUUGGAGG